UGGACUCUUCUUCCCCAUCACACCAGUAACGCCACCCCCCAACCCUGAGGAGACCACCGCAACGCCGCACUGCUCCUGCUCCCCUAGGGUUUCCGGUCCCGCUUCCGCCGAGGCUAGCGGGUUCCGGCAGCGCCCCCCGCCGCAGCCGCGGACUCGUGUCGCAAUGGCUCAGCGGUACCCUGUUCCGCCGUCGCGCCUCGACGUCGUGCCGGUCGACGACACCAGAGAUGUCAUCAUCAAGGUCAAAUACCGUGGCGCACUCAAGCGGUUCAAUGCUUGUGUGAAUGGUUCACAACAAUUUGAUCACAAUAUUGCUACUCUUCGGUCAAAGAUUGCAAAUGCUUUUAAGUUCAGACCUGAUGAUCAAUUUGUUCUGACAUAUAUUGAUGAGGAUGAGGAUGUCGUCAUGCUGGAUGAUGAUGAUGAUUUACGUGAUGCUGCUGUUAAGCAGAAUCUGGACCCUCUUAGGAUUGAUGUUCAGUUGAAGAGCAACAGUUCUGGGGGACCUCAGGCCAAGCACCAGUCCUUGAAUUCCAGGUCUCCGUUGUCUGCAGGUCUGGAAGAUCAACUAGCUCAGGUGAAAUCUGCCAUUGAUGAAGCAUUGAAGUUUGUUCCAGAGCAAGUUCCGGCUGUCCUUGCGAAAUUGUCUCAUGACUUGCGUUCCAAAGCUGCAUCGUCGGCACCAUCAUUGGCUGAUUUGCUGGAUCGAAUGGCUAAACUGAUGGCACCCAAGAGCAGUAUGCAGCAUACCAGUGGUCUUGCUGGCAGUUCAUCUAGCCUCUCUAGUGCUGGACCACAAGCACCAAUGAACUUGAAAUUUAAUCACGAAUCUGAACUGGCAGCAGUUUCAGCUUCACAGUCCUUUGAUAUGCAAGAUCAUAAAUCAUCUAAAGCACUUGGUCUUAAGAGCGUGCUAGUUGAGGAAACCAAAGCUCAAAUUGAACAAGCAGCAGAAGCUGGUUCAGGUGGGAAAUUGUUUGACCGUACAAAAACAAUUGAUACCCAAACUAAGGAGAAAUAUCAUGCCCAAAGUAGGGGGAAAUCAGUCAUAUCUUCUUCGGUGCCGCCUGUUCCUACCAUCGCACCUGUUCCUACCAUCGCUCCUGUUCCUACCAUAGCUCCUGUUCCUUCCAUCGCUCAUGGUGUUCCUACUCUUGGCUCUUGGAGUAAUUAUAAACAGAACAGGAAUAUGCGCUUGGGGUCUGAUGGAAAGAUAAAUGGUUCAGUAUUUCCUCCAGCAAGAGGUUCCCCAUACUGUACAAUGCAGUCCAAUUUUUCCAUCGGCUCUAAUGGAAAAAUCAAUGGUGAUUCAGAUUUACAAUUCCCUGUACCAAGAGUUACCCCAUACUAUCCAGCUGCAACCAGAUCUAAUGGAAAGACAAGUAGUGGUUUACAGACGUCAUUUCCUCAACCUGCUUAUGACUACAAUAAACUUGCCUAUGGCAGCAGUCCAUUGAAUUUGUAUAUGCCCUCGUCAGUUGGUCCAUAUGGAUCUUAUCAAAACGCUGACUCAUUUGAAGGUUAUCCCAACAAGAAGUAUGGUAGCAUGCCACACCACCCGAUUCAUAAAUUGGUGGAAUGUGAUGGCUGUGGCGCAGCACCAAUUGUUGGCCCUCGCUACAAGUCUAAUGUUAAAGAUGACUAUGAUUUAUGUAGUCUUUGUUUCUCUCUCAUGGGCAAGGAGGCUGAAUAUACCAGGAUGGACAAGCCAACUGUGGUAAGCGAAAGGUUGAAUGACAUUGAUAAGAGCUAUAGCCUCCCACUUGACUGCCGCUUCAUCAAAGAUCUCACCAUACCUGAUGGAACUCUAAUGGCGCCAUCAACUCCAUUCCGUAAGAUCUGGCGCAUGUGUAACAGUGGAUCUACCGUGUGGCCUUUUGGGACCCAGCUUACCUGGACUGGCGGAGAUAAAUUUGAUCACCAGAGCACACUGCAACUAGGGAUUUCAGUGAACGGGUUUCCUGUGGAUGGAGAAAUCGAUAUUUGUGUUGAUUUUGUUGCACCUACCAAGCCUGGUAGGUACAUAUCAUACUGGAGGUUGGCAUCGCGUGAUUUACAGAAAUUUGGCCAACAAAUUUGGGUCCUUAUUCAGGUGGAACAGCCUAUUCAAACCAUUGGCAACAAGCAAAGUGCUGCAAUAAAUUUGAACUUGCCGACAGAAGGAAAUACUACGACAUCAAAGCAUAUGGUUGAACAGCCUGUUGAAACCAGCAACAAUAAGCGAACUGCUGCAAUCAACUUGAAUUUGCCUGCAGAAGGCAGCACCACAAAAUGCGAGCCUUUCAUUGACAUGAAUGUCGAACCCACAGAUUUUGCUUAUGAAUACCCCAAAAGCAACCCUGACGACGUCGUUGAUCUGCAUGACUUCCUUAUGAAAAGAAAUAAAGCCCACAAACCUAAGGAAUCUGAAGUUCUUGGAAGUGUUGUGCCCUGUGCACCUACAGCAGUUGAACCAGUUCAAGUACCCACAGCCAAUCCUCACACUUCAUCCACUGGAGCUCUUGGGAUGCCUGCUGAUGUGUCUGCAUCUGAAGCUGCACCACUGCCAAAACCUAUCAGUGUGGCGAUACCUGCAGCUGCUGCUGUUAAUUCACAUGUCGCUCCUGUUAGUGUGCCCCUUGCACCUUUGCCUGAUGGAAUCUCCAACAACAUGGAGGAAAAACUUCUGAGGGAGCUGGAGGCCAUGGGCUUCAGACAGGCUGACCUGAACAAGGAGGUACUUAGGCAGAAUCAGUAUGACCUCCUGAAGUCCAUUGACGAUCUGUGCGGCUUCAACGAAUGGGAUCCACUCCUUGCAGAGCUGAAGGAACUGGGUUUUUGAUGGUGACACAGAUAUAAGAUGCGCCCGUCAAGGACCGCGGAGUAAGCAUCAAGGGUGGUGAAUCUUCUGUCCAGGGAGGACCAGUGAUAGCCUCAUAGGCUCCAGGCUCAUCAGCUGGAGCGCUGCUGCCUAGUAGAUAAGUAGUAUAUUGCGUGAAUAACCAGACGAACUGAAGUGGUGCUGCAUAAUGUAGCGGUACUGUGGUCGUAGUAAACUAGUAGUAGCCAGGACCAUGGUCUGGCGUUUCCUCCUCCUGUGUGGUCGCUCGUGCUAACUUGUGUGAAUCAGUUAUCUUAGCAGUUGAACCGCAUAUGCAAUUGCCAUGUCGCUGCUGUGUUCCUUGGUUAAAUAUCUGUCGUUGAACUGCAUAUGCAA